UCGAACACCAACUUUCGUUCGUAUAAAUAACAGGAGACCCUGUAAGCUCUUCACAUCACAACAAGUGCAUACCUUUUCCGAUAUGUCGGACACCAUGAAACUUGCAGAAUAUCUGUUCACUCGCUUGAAUCAGCUCGGCGCCUCCGCGGUUCAUGGGGUGCCUGGCGACUUCAACCUCGACUUGCUUGACUAUGUCGAGCCUUCUGGAUUGCUUUGGGUCGGAAACACCAACGAACUGAACGCCGGCUACGCUGCAGAUGGCUACAGCAGGAUCCGAGGCAUCGGCGCCAUUGUCACCACCUUUGGUGUGGGAGAGCUAUCAGCAAUUAACGCCAUCGCGGGCGCCUACGCCGAAAGAGCACCCGUCGUGCACAUAGUUGGAACCCCGGACCGCGCCACCCAGGAUGGUCAAGGUCGUGUACAUCACACUUUCAACGAUGGCAACUUCCGGCGAUUCGGUCAGAUGCACGCGCAUGUCACAGUAGCUCAGACGAGCUUGAGAGAUCCCCUCACUGCGCCGCAGGAGAUCGAUCGAGUGCUCCAACAGUGCCUCAUCUACAGCAGACCUGUUUACAUUGAAAUUCCAGUCGAUCUAGUAGACGUGCCUGUGCGAUCGGGAAAUCUCCAAAUCCCCAUCAGGCUUCCUGAGAUUCUUGAAACGCCAGCAGUCAGCGAUGCUAUCAGACAGGUGCUCGACAAGCUAUACGCAGCCAAAACCCCUAUCAUCUUGUUUGAUGGCGAGUGCAGAGCUCUGAACAUCACCAAAGACGUACAAUCGAUUAUCGAAGCUUCUAAAGUCCCCGCCUGGACAACCUCGUAUGGUCGCGGGCUGAUCGACGAAAGCAUACCCAGCUUUCAAGGCGUGUAUAAGGGAGCCUUCGAUGAACAGUCAGUCCAAGACUUCUUCAAGCGAGCAGACUUGGUCCUGGUGUUCGGGCCUCACUUUAGCACAACAAACUCCUAUGCUCUGACCGCAAAGCCCGAGUCAGACAUCAGCAUCAUCUUCACAGAUACCGAGAUCGAGAUCUGCGGUCAGGUCUUCCGCGACAUCCCCGCGCCACUCGCCGUAUCCAAGCUCCUUGCAGAACUCGACACAUCAAAGCUCGCCCGAUACUCUGCAUCAGCCCUACAGAGCCUGCCGUGGCAGCAAACACAAACUAUAUCUCUCUCAAGCAUGCCAAAAGACGGUAAAAUCUCACAUUGCAAUCUCUGGGAGGUCUUCACUCCCUUCAUUCGGCCCGGCGAUAUCGUCAUGGGUGAGACUGGCACGUCUGGCUACGGUGUGCGAGAAAUGCGCACACCACCCAAUGUCCGGAUUUUCGCGCCAGUAACAUGGCUAUCGAUCGGUUAUAUGCUGCCCGCUGCACAGGGCGCCGCACUGGCUCAACGGCAGAUGCAGCGACAAGCCAACGGCACCUUCAAUGGCAACGCGAACAGUGGCCGCACAAUCUUGUUUAUUGGAGAUGGGAGUCUGCAAAUGACGGUGCAAGAGAUCUCAACGAUGAUACAACACAACCUCGACGUGAUUAUUGUGGUGCUGAAUAAUGAUGGAUAUACGAUUGAGAGGGCUAUUCAUGGCCUAGAGGAGUCUUACAACAAUGUCGCGCCCUGGAAAUAUCUAGGCGCACCGAGUUUCUUCGGCGCGAAGGAGGGCACGUUCACUGCUUCAGCAAGGACAUGGGGCGAGCUCGAAGCAGUGCUCGAAAGCAAAGAGCUCUCGGAUGGCAAAGGGCUAAGGAUGGUAGAGCUAUUCUUGGAUCGUGAAGAUGUGCCCAAGGGCCCAUUGGCAAUGCUAAUGGGCAAGGAGCAGAAGCGGACGGAAGGAUUGAAAAUAAAGCCGGUCACGAUACCAUAGGAUCCUACUGGAGAAAGCAAAACCAAAACCUGUGCGUUACAAAGGUCGAAGUGCCCCAGCGCGCUCACCAGCCCAUUUGCCGUGAAUAGCUUGUCGAGCGUUCUUACCCCAGAACGCAAUUGGGACCGCCACUAGUCCGCUCACGAUCUGCAGAACAGCAAGUUCGAUGCCCACAAGCUUGUAAUCAUGUGCCUCGAUCCACGGCCUCAAGAUAAAGCCCAUGGAGAAGCUGAGAAUAUAGCAUCCACCUCCCAGAACGCUGAUGGCCGGGGCAGCCCAUCGAGGGA